GUGUUGCGCCUGCGAUCCAUACAUAGUCUGGGUUAGUAGAAUAGAAGAAAAGGAGAAUCUGAGAUCGGAAGCAUAACCAUGUGGCGGAGACUCUUCUCUUCUUCAAACCUCAAAGCCCUACACACAACACUCUCUCCUUCUCGUCCCCGACUCGCCGCCCAGACUCUCCUCGCCCGCCACUUCACCGCCCAAUCAGGUUUUCCUUCUCUCCAUUUCCCCUAUAUAUUGAAUUGCUCGUUUCUUAAUUCAAUUUCGUUCUUGUUAUCUCAAUCAGGUGCUUCUUCCCUCAAAAAGAGGGUUGAAGAUGUCGUGCCAAUUGCUACCGGCCACGAGCGUGAGGAGAUUCAGGCCGAUCUCGAGGGAAGGGAUAUUCUUGAAAUAAACCAUCCCGUAGGUCCUUUUGGCACAAAGGAAGCACCUGCUGUUGUUAAAUCUUACUUUGACAGAAGGAUAGUUGGAUGCCCAGGAGAUGAAGGUGAAGGUGAGCAUGAUGUUGUCUGGUUUUGGCUGGAGAAAGGCAAGCCUAUAGAAUGCCCAGUGUGCUCACAGUAUUUUAAGUUGGAAGUGGUCGGCCCUGGUGGCGAUCCUUAUGGACAUGGCGAUCACGAUCACCACUGAUUGCAUCCCGCAAUUUCCUUCAGAAAUAAAAUUUGCAAAGAGAGACGUUUCCACCUUCCAAAAUUACGAGGCUUUUUUUUUUUUUUUUUAUAGAAAAUUUCUGUGUUUAUUUUUUCGAUUCAGCUAUCAAAUCCUUUUAGGAUUUUUGUUUUUUGGCUCUGCCAAAUAAUUGAUAGCAACACUAUUCUUUUAACGAUUCUUGGUUAUGUAGAGCCUACAACUUUUUGAAUCAACUAAAUCACGAAAGGGAUUAUAAACUUGAUCGUAUUGAAUAAUUUUUGCAUUGCA